AUGUUCAUAAGGGCUGAUACUGGCGAAAACAAGAAAGGAAGACGUCUAAUGGCUCCAGGAGUUCUGCGCGGAAUUGGCUUCCUAGUACCGUACUCUGCGCCCGGCUAUGAAAUUCAGGGUCGCGAAGCCGUCGCCUACCUGACUUUCAUUGUCGAUUACUACGAGAGUCUACCGGACUAUUCAGUAUUCAUCCAUGCCAACGAGAACCAAUGGCACAACGACUUCUUUGGCGGCAAAACUAACAAAACCCUGAAUAACUUCCGUUAUCAAGUGGCUGAUUCCCAAGGUUAUGUUAAUCUACGCUGCUCUACCGAUCCCGGCUGCCCUACCAGUGUGAAUCCACGAGAUCCUACCCUGCAAGAUACACGCCACAAGGAUGUACGGUUAUAUCUAGCGGAUAUAUAUAUGUACCUGUUUCAAGUUCCUUACGAAAGUGUUUUAGAGAAUAUCGGCGGAGUGUGCUGUGCGCAGUUUUUAGUGACACGGGAACAGGUCUUAUGGCUGUUUCCAAAUGAAGAACUUCCAGAGAAACUCAUUAAAAGGAAGGAGAGGCUCUUCGAUCUCGCCUUCCGGAAGUUCAGGGGUGGAUCCCUCCGAGGGAAGUCGCCGCUGGAGGGCGAGUCAAAUGCUCCUUCCCGGGAAGCUCCUGUUCCUGCUUGUCUAGCUGUUUGUUGGCUACUUCGGUUCAAGGGGAGAUAUCGUGCUUUUAUUUACUUCCAUACGAUGAACGAAUUCAUUCUGGACAAAGAUGGCCAGCUCCGAUGA